ACGCCCGGCGGCGGCCUAUGCCCCUCGAUAUAAAAGUAUUUAUUUUAUAAAUUUAAUGUCAAUAUCGGAAAAAUGGACACACGAAAGCUGACCGAAAUUCUAGGCGCUACAAUCGAUCCUGAGCAGAGGCAGCAGGCGGAGGAACAACUGUCGCAGAUACAUAAAAUAAUUGGUUUUGCUCCGUCACUGUUACAAGUUGUAAUGCUGAAUGAGGUUCGCAUACCACUACGCCAAGCUGGAGCCAUUUACCUAAAGAACCUAAUUACCUCUGGAUGGCAGGAGAAGGACGCCGAGGAAGGCGAGCCCCUCCCCUUCAGCAUACACGAGCAGGACCGGGCCAUGGUCAGAGACAUAAUAGUGGAUGCUAUAGUUCAAGCUCCUGAUAUCAUUAGAGUUCAGCUCUGCGUCUGCUUGAAAACAAUCAUCAAACAUGACUUCCCUACGCGCUGGACGCAGAUUGUCGACAAAAUCCACAUUUACCUGCAAAACCCAGACGCGAACAGCUGGAUGGGUGCACUCCUUUGUUUGUAUCAGUUGAUCAAAAACUAUGAGUACCAGCAGGCUGAAAAGCGCGUACCCCUUAUAGAGGCUAUGAACCUGCUUUUACCCAUGAUGUACAACCUUAUUGUGAAUCUCCAAACAGACCUUUCAGUGGAGUCCGUUUUGAUACAGAAACAAAUACUCAAAUGCUUCUUUGGCCUAGUGAAGUACAUUUUGCCACUGGAUUUGAUUACGAAAGAGGUGUUCACAAAGUGGAUGGAGGUGCUACGGAUAGUGAUGGAGCAGCCAGUGCCAGAGCACACGCUGCAAGUAGAUGAAGAUGAGCGUUUGGAGCUGCCUUGGUGGAAAUGCAAGAAGUGGGCAGUGCAUACUUUGUACAGGGUUUUUGAGCGCUGUUCAGAAACUAUGUGUGGAUCAUUAACUCCUUCCAAUUCCGUCCCUCAGCAUUCUUCAAAAUUAUACGGGAGCCCCGUGAAUACGAGAGAAGAGUACGUACAAUUUGCUGAAUGGUACUUGACGACAUUCACUGGGGGCAUUUUGGAGGUGCUACUGAGGGUAUUGGAUCAGUACAGAAAUAAGGUCUACGUGUCUCCAAGGGUGCUACAGCAAACUAUCAGCUACAUUGACCAGUGUGUGACGCACGCGCAUUCAUGGAAGCUGUUGAAGCCGCAUAUGUUUGCAAUUAUUCAAGAUGUGCUUUUCCCGCUUAUGUCGUACUCCGACUCUGAUGAGGAACUCUGGAACACAGAUCCCCACGAGUACAUUCGAUUAAAGUAUGACAUAUUUGAAGACUUUGUAUCACCCGUAACCGCCGCACAGACGCUACUCGUGUCGUGCUGUAAGAAGAGAAAAGACAUGUUGGAGCGCACGAUGCACCUCUGCAUGCAAGUGUUAACUAGUAGAAAUGGAGAAUUUGGUCCGAAGCAAAGAGACGGAGCACUCCACAUGGUGGGAACGCUCACUGGCCUACUUCUCAAGAAAAAGUUAUACAAGGAGGAGAUUGAUUCUCUUCUGAGUCAACAUGUCUUCCCGGAAUUCAGCAGCCCUUACCGCUACAUGCGGGCCAGAGCUUGCUGGGUACUACACUGCUUCGCCAACGUACGCUUUAAAAACGAAGUGCAUCUGGUGGAGGCUGUAAGGCAUGUGGUCAAUGCCCUCCUAAAUGACAACGAACUACCGGUGAAAGUAGAAGCUGCUAUUGCCAUACAGAUGCUGUUAGUAGCACAGGAAAAAGUGCAUAAAAUUCUAGAACCGCAAGUAAAAGCAGUAACUACUGAAUUACUCAAAGUCAUUCGUGAAACUGAAAACGACAACAUAGCCAGUGUACUUCAGAAAAUUGUGCCACUGUACACUGAGCAUUUGAUGCCGAUGGCAUAUGAAAUUACUGAUCAUCUUGCAACGACGUUCAGUAAAGUUCUAGAAACUGACUCCGGCACAGAUGAGAAGGCGAUCACGGCCAUGGGUAUACUCAAUACGAUGGAGACGGUUUUGAACGUGAUGGAAGACAAUCCUGAAAUUAUAGCGCAACUCGAAAAGACUGUCUUGCGAGUUGUCGGACAUAUAUUGCAGCACAACAUUAUGGAAUACUAUGAAGAGGCGAUGUCGCUGCUGUGCAAUCUGACGCAGAACUCAAUAUCGGAAGAUAUGUGGAAGGUUCUAGAACUAUUAUAUCAAGUGUUCGAGAAGGAAGGCUUCGAAUACUUUACGGACAUGAUGCCUGUAUUACACAACUACAUCACUGUUGACACAAACGCGUUUCUCUCGAACGAGAAUCAUAUAUUGGCUAUCUUCAACAUGGCUAAAGCGGUGUUGAAUUCAGACAGUGAGGACGAAUCGGAGAUUUACGCGGCCAAACUGCUGGAGGUGAUGGUGCUACAGUGUUCAGGCAAAAUCGACAACUGCCUUCCUUCGUUCGUAGAGCUCGUGCUUAACAGACUCACUAAGAAAGUUAAAACUACGGAACUCAGAACCAUGCUACUACAGGUUCUGAUAGCAAUCCUAUACUGCAACCCGCCUUUGUUGUUCACGAUAUUAAAUAAGCUGCAAGAAUCUGUUCCCAACGCAUCAAUAACAGAGCAUUUCAUCAAGCAGUGGAUACAUGACACCGACUGCUUUAUGGGAAUACACGACAGAAAACUAUGUGUGCUUGGCAUUUGCACGUUGCUGGAAAUGGGCCCGCAGCGGCCUAACCUCGACGAGGUUGUGCCGAAGUUGCUGCCGUCAUGUCUGGUGGUCUUCGAUGGACUGAAACGCGCGUACGAGGCCCGCGCGGAGGGGGACGACGAUGAUUCUUCUGACGACGACGACGAUGAGGACGAUGACGCUAUGGCCACAGAGGUGCUGUCAAGUGAUGAGGAUGAUAUUGACGAAAUGAACAACGAGUAUUUGGCGAAUUUAGCACGAAUGACUGUCAAAAACAGCGCUGCGCAGGGCGUCAACGUAACCACCACGAUCGAGGACUACGUGGACACCGACUCAGAUGACGAAGACGACGAGCCAGAAGACACGGCCAUCGAAUGUUACACCACACCCCUCGACGACCAGGAUUGUCAAAUAGAUGAAUAUAUCAAAUUCAAGAACACACUCUCAGCAUUAGCAACGACCGAACCAGGUCUGUACCACGCGCUGACGAGUGUGCUCAACGAGGAGCAACAGAAAGAAUUGAAUGCUGUGUUCGUGCUUGCCGACCAGCGGAAAGCGCAACAGGAUAGCAAACGCAUCGAACAGAGCGGCGGUUACUCGUUCACGGUACCAGCGCGAGUGCCGACCAAAUUCAAGUUUGGUUCGUAAAUUCCUGCGACGAAUACGUACACACCAAC